AUAGUCAUUUUCGUCCUUAAAAAAUAUUGAGCAUUGUGUAGUUGUUGAUAAACGUUAUUAAAAAGUGUGCUAGUGACUUAGUGUGUUGUAGAAUUUCACAUUAGAGGUGCUAUGAGUCGUUGGGAUCAGAAAACCGAAGGGCUUCCGCGUUCCCGUCGGGAUGGAACGGAUAGGGUGGAUCGGAAUCGCAACAGGAGCAGAUCCCGCAGCCGUUCUGCUUCGCCAGUUGCACGAAGGCUAUUAGAAUUGGACGAAGAACGACGAUUGAAAGAAAAACAAUUGCGAAUGGCCUCAGCAGUGCAUCAAAGGAAUGAUUUUAAUUCCAGCGGAGAUUCCAGUGAGGGGUCCUCUUCGGAAGAAACUCAGCCAGCACCAGCAACAGUUUCAAAACUAGGGUUUGGCUUUAAAAAACCAUCAGCUGAAGUCGCGAAACCGGUGGCCGGUCCCGGGCUUAAAAUGCAAAAGUUUAAACCAACAGCAAUCCAAAUGUCGCUAAAAACGGCAGCUCCUAAAGAACCUCCAAAGCUGUUGAAACCAAUAGCAAACGCAUUUGCUGCAGACGAUAGCGAUGAUGAGCCGGAGGAAAUGCCUGCUGAAUGCAGGAUGCGAAUGAGAAACAUUGGUCGAGAUACACCAACCUCUUCCGGUCCAAAUUCUUUCGGGAAAACCAAGCACGGCUUUUGCGAUUCUAAAAAAAUGUUCGAAAAGAAAAUGAACACCAUGACUGAUUAAUGCAAAUACUUGUCCCGUUCCUGUUGCGCAUACAAUGAGAUUAUCUUCACUUACGCCAAAAGUGGAGCUCAAUCUACAAUAUUCUAUUCUAUGACUUUCGAUUUUAGGUGUGUUCUACCUGUACUGGUCGGCGGACUUAUUACUUACUGUUCCGUUUUGUUCACGUUGACAUUAAUAACGCAUUCAGUCUAUUCGAAUAAAACUAAUUAAUAAACUACAAAC